AAACAAAAUUAUCUUUUACAGAAAAGAAAAAAAAACUCUACUAAAAAAAAUGCUCCUUCGGAAUUUCUCAAAACUUAGGCGAGUCUUCUAUGAAAUGUUAGGGGUAUCUCUGGAUUUAAGUGCGAAAAAUACUCGGAGCACCGUGUCGACGUGACACCAUUUCUUUCCUGGCCCACCCAGUCACCAUUCUGGGUCGACUUAGGCCACGAGCCAAUGUUCGUUCUGUCAAAACAUUCAACUCCACGCUUCCAACUUUGCUCGUAAUAAUAUAGUAGCUAAUCCAUCCUUACCAACUUAUCUACCCGACGGCUUAUGGGGGAAACGGGAUCACCGAAGGGCAAGAGAAACGAUCGAGAUCUAUGGAGGUGAAACACCGCACCGCCCGGGCCUUGGUGCAGCGCCUCGACUCCUCCACCGCCGCCGAAGCCAUCGCUGAGAUCCGCCUCCUGUCGAAGCACGACCCCGAGAUGCGCGCCCCCCUCGCCGAUGCCGGCGCCGUCCCCCUCCUCGCCGCCCGACUCCUCGACCACCACGAUUCCUCCGACGCCGAGACCCAAGAGAACGCCGCCGCCGCCCUUCUCAACAUCUCCAUCUCCGCACGCGAGGCCCUCAUGUCCACCCCGGGCAUCCUCGACGCCCUCGCCGCCGCCCUCCGCCUCCCCCUCGCCGCCGCCGCCCAGCACGCCGCCGCGACCCUCUAUAGCCUUCUCUGCGUCGACGCCUACCGCCCCAUCAUCGGGUCCAAGAAGCCCCUCAUCACCGGCCUCGUGGACCUCAUCCGCACACCCGGCGCCUCGACCAGGUCCAUCAAGGACGCGCUCAAGGCCCUCUUCGGCCUGGCCCUCUACCCGCUCAACCGCGCCGCCCUAGUCGAGCUCGGCGCCGUGCCGCCCGUCCUCGCGCUGGUGGCAAAUGACGCGCGGACGGGGGUGGUGGAGGACGCGACGGCGGUGAUCGCUCAGGUGGCGGGCUGCUACGAGAGCGUGGACGCGUUCAGGAGGGUGGACGGCGUGAGGGUCCUGGUGGACCUGGUGGGCGCGUCGACGGGGGCGAGCGGGAGGGCGAGGGAGAACGCGGCGGCCGCGCUGCUGAACCUGGUGAUGAGCGGGGGGCACAAGGCGGUAGGAGACGUGAUGGAGGUGGAGGGGUGGGAGGCGGCUAUCACGGGUCUCGCCGGCGGCGGGGUGACCGCGAGGGGGAAGAGCAAGGCGGAGGCACUCCUGAGGGUUCUGAGGAGCGAGCGGCAGAGCCAGCCGCCCGGCCGUGAUGAUUCCGAGACCGGCUUCGACUUUUCGGCGCCGCAAACGCUGCUCUAUUCUUCCUCCAACAGUAACUCGAUUGGGUAGCUGACGGUAGAUUAGAUUCUCUCUUGCAGCUUUCUUGAUCUGUGUUCGCUGUAGAUAGUCACAUAAGCUACAAGGAAGCAACACCUACAUCGGAUCGAGAUAUCUGUAAUUGAUGUUGCUUCAAGGUUCUCUUGCUUCGAUGUAUCGCAAGGAAGACACAUUUCCUUCGACCGACACAUUGGAGUUGGUUUUCUCCCAAAAAGAAGGAAUUGACUUUUGGCCGUA